UAUACCUCUCAUCUCAUCAGUUCAUUAUAUGCUCGAUCGUAUCCAGAUCGGUAUUUCUGUCAUCUAAUACUUCACACAAUCUUAUCAUUUCACGGCUUCUUUCAAUUUUCUUGGCCUUUCAUUUUUUUUUGGGUUCUUCGAAGAAUACAAGGCAGCGGCAACUUUAAUUUGUUUCUAGUAAUUAAGUUAUAUUUUUCUUACCAUGUUCUAAUUUUAUGUUGGAAGUAUAAAAUGUGAAUGAUGUUUUGACAUAUUUUGUACAUUUUAUUACAAUCAGCUAGGUAUAUAUGGUUUACGGAAGUUUUAAUUAUUUUUAUAAUAAUAUUUUUGCAAUAUUAAUUAGCUGUUUUUUAAUCAUGUUAAGCAGGUGAUCUAAGAUGGCAGAAAAUCGUGAUUGGAUGUAUAAGCGUCGAAGUCGGACUUCUGGUAAUUUAAACUAUGAGUUUGUAGAAGGUGUUAAACAUUUCUUAGAUUUUGCUUUUAGCAUAUCUGAAAUCCAAGGAGAAAAUAUGGUUAAAUGUCCGUGUAAAAAAUGUAAACUCAGAAAGUACUACGAUAGAGAUACAAUUGAAACACAUUUGUGUAACAGAGGAUUCACAGAAAAUUAUUACACAUGGGUGUGUCAUGGUGAAGAACUGCCAAUAAAUCCUAAUAUAUGUCGAGGCUAUGCACCAAGUGAUGUGGAAUCUUAUGAACAUGUAUCCCUUAGUGGUAGUUAUACCGAACAUAAUAAUUUGUUGGGAUGCACACAAAUGGUCAGGGAGGUGAUGUAUCCGUUCUCCACUAACACCGAAAAUGAAACCAAUGAUUUCAAUAUGUUUCAUUGUGGUGAUGAAGAAAAUGAUGAUAACGGUCUAGAGACUAAUGAAAUGGUGUAUCAAAACCCAAAUGAAAAUGCACGAGAGUUCUAUAAUCUCUUGGAAGAUGCAUCUGCUCCUUUGUAUGAUGGUUGCACGGAUCACAGCAGAUUAUCUGUGGUGUCUGAGCUGUUAAGCGUUAAGAGUCAAUAUAAUAUGUCUGAUGCAUGUUUUGACAAAGUAGCUUCACUUGUGGAAAGGAUUGUUCCAGGUGAUAACAAAUUGCCGAAGAGCUUAUAUCAUGCAAAAAAGAUGGUCGAUGGAUUAGGAUUGCCAUAUUACAAAAUUGAUGCAUGUGAAAACAAUUGCAUGCUAUUUGAUGGUGAUGAUACAGAUUUGGCAUACUGCAAAAGUUGUGGUUCAUGUAGGUACGUCGAAGAUACGAUGGACCAGGGAGGGAAAAGGAAGGCGGUGGCUAAAAAGGUUUUGCGCUAUUUGCCAAUAACAGAGCGGUUGAAGAGAAUGUAUAUGUCAUCAAAAACUUCUAAAUUCAUGACUUGGCAUAAACAAGGUGCGUCGUCCACUCACACUACCAUUUCACAUCCAUGUCAUUCAGAGGCAUGGAAACACGUUGAUCAGACUUACCCUUCUUUUGCUCUUGAGUGUAGAAAUGUGCGUUUGGGUUUAUGCACAGAUGGGUUCAAUCCGAAUUCUGAUUUCAGUAACCCAUACUCAAUUUGGCCUGUAUUCAUUGCUGUAUACAAUUUGCCUCCUGAUCUUUGCAUGAAAGAGCCAUAUAUAUUUAUGGCCAUGCUGAUACCUGGUCCCCGAUCUCCAGGAAGGAACAUCGAUGUUUUUUUAAGACCACUUAUUGAUGAGUUAAACAUGUUGUGGAAUGUUGGAGUUGAAACAUGGGAUGCUUAUCGGAAGCAAAAUUUCAUGUUGAGGGCAUGUCUUUUAUGGACAAUUAGUGACUUUCCAGCAUAUGGAAUGUUAUCGGGAUGGAGCACACAUGGUCGAUUAGCAUGCCCUUACUGUUUGGGAGAAGGAGUUGGCCACCAACUUAAGUUUGGGAAGAAGCCAUGUUGGUGGGGUUGUCAUAGGAGGUUUUUAGGAUAUGGACAUGCAUUUCGUCGUGACACGCAAUCAUGGGGAGUUUUGGGAAGUGAACGUAGGAGACCUCCACCGAUAAAAUCGGGCGUUGAAAUUUUGAGGAGUAUGGAGGGCAUUAUAUUUCCACCAUUUGGCUCUCAAUAUGACAACUUGCGUGCUGAUGGUUUUGGUAGAACUCACAAUUGGAUCAAAAGAUCUAUUUUUUGGGAACUACCAUAUUGGGAACAUUUACUUGUGCGACAUAACCUUGAUGUAAUGCAUAUUGAGAAAAAUUGUUUUGAUAAUGUGUUUAACACAGUUAUGGAUGUCAAGGGGAAAACUAAAGAUAAUUCCAAUUCGAGGCGUGAUAUGGAGAACAUGAACAUACGAAAAGAACUGCAUUUGUACGAUCGUAACAUGGCCACAUAUCAGCCAAAAGCAAGUUAUGUGUUAGAUAGACCAAGCAUCAUCAAUAUCUGCCAUUGGUUGAAGCAUGAAGUUAAACUACCUGAUGGUUAUUCAUCUAACAUUGGACAUUGUGUGAACACAAUUACAAAUACAUUCUAUAGUAUGAAAAGCCAUGAUUGUCAUGUGUUCAUGCAACGUCUACUUCCAAUAACACUGCGUGGUUACCUCAGGUCACCAAUUUGGGUAACAAUUUCUGAGUUCUGCAAAUUUUUUAGACUUAUUUGUGCAAAGGAACUUUGUAUUGCAGACAUCGAAAAAAUGGAGGAUGCUAUUGCAGUUACGCUGUGUAAACUCGAGAAAAUAUUCCCUCCCAGUUUUUUUGAUUCCAUGGAGCAUUUGACUAUCCACCUGCCAUGGGAGUUAAAAAUUUGUGGCCCUGUGCAAUUUCGUUGGAUGUACCCUUUUGAGCGGUUGAUGAAAAAACUGAAAGAAAAGGCAAAAAAUAAACAAUUCUUAGAGGGAUCAAUUGUUGAAAAAUUUUGGGUUCAGGAAGUUGCUCUAUUUUGUGAGCAUUACUUUGAUGAUAAUCUAGGUACCCGGAUCAAUCCUCAUGUACGAAAUGAAGUUCGGCCUAAUAUGUUAAAUGUGGGGGAAACUUCUAAUGAUAUAGACAGCUUGUCUAUCUUCAAGCAUCCUGUUAGAAAUUUCAGUCGAGUGAAGAAUCAUGUAUUGACAGAUGAAGAUCUGCACCAUGUCCAUAGCUAUGUUCUAUUUAAUAGCCCUGAAGUGCAACCGUACAUCGAACAAUAUGAAUGUCUACUUCGACAAUCUUCCCCAACAUUGAAUGAUUCUGGUGUUGCCGAACAAAGAAUGACACACUUUGCUACAUGGUUUGAGUUAAUGGCCCAACAAUAUCCUCAAAGUUUCACCAAACAACUAAUAGAGUUAUCACAAUGGCCUAAAAAGAAAUGCAAGGCAUAUGGUGGCUCCUAUGUAAAUGGAUUCAAAUUCCAUACUAAAAUGAAUGGAGAGGUUAAACGCACAGCUAACUGGGGCAUUUGUGUGCUUGGAGAAACUUCAGGGGACGGUCGUUAUGAUUUCUACGGAAUACUUGAUGAUAUUAUUGAACUUCGUUACAAAAAUAAUGAAGUAACAAUAUUCAAAGGAACAUGGUUUGAUCCAACCAAUGGCGUACGCCUUCAUAAACCAUCUGGAGUAGUUGACAUCCGUCACACAUCACGCUUACAUCCAGAAGAUCCAUUUAUUCUUGCUAGUCAAGCACAACAAGUAUAUUACGUUAAAUAUCCAACAGAGGGGUUAAGUGAUUGGCUUGCUGUAAUUAAAACAAAACCCAGACACAUCAUCCAAGGUGAUAUUGAUACAUAUGAUGAACCUGAAGACAUAAUUGAUGUUGACGCUGAUCAAGAAGAUUUUAUUGUCGAAGAUGGUGGUGUCUUUGAUGAUCCUGAUCUUGAAGGUCGGGAUCUUCUUCUACAUGUGGGGAUUGCUCCAGAAAUUGUUGUUGAUGGUGACGAGGAUGAGAAUUCAGAAGAUUCUGAAGAAGACAUUCCAAAUUAUAUAUGACUUUGUCUUCAGUAUUUAUUGUAUUUGAAUAUCUUUUAAAGAAUAAUUAUUGUUGACACUUAUUAUUCUGGCUGAUUCGGCUGGUAUGUGUAUUAUUUGCCUAAAAAGUUUGAAAACAUUAAAAUCGGUUGAAUCGACUGAUUCUGCUGAAAUUUCUAAUGUUCUGC